CGAUAACCGAUAGCCCAACGUUGCCAGCAGAUAUUUUUUUUGGGGCCAAGUGGUGGAAAAUACGUGUAAUAUUUACAAUAAGCGAUCCGAAAACCAUAUAGUCCAGCCGAAAUCCCAAUGGAGACGCCCACGGCCGACGAUCUGUUGCAGUUCCGCGACUACAGCGGCGGUGCCCCGGCCCAGAUCAACGUGAACUCCCCGACCCACUCAUCGGGCGGCGGAUCUGGUGGAUCCGCUGGUGGCGGUGGUUCCAACAAUGCCAACGCACAGCGUCAACGCGGCGAUCCGCUGGCGGACCUCAUCUACGACAUGACAACCUCGGCGCAGGGCCUGUCGGGGGAUGGGGGCCAGCAGGCGCAGAACUCCUCGCUGGACGGAUCCGCGGGAGGUGCAGGCGGUGCCGCUGGUGGCGCACGACUCUCCUUCCUCACCAUCGAAUACUACCAGCAGUUCUUCAACGUGGACACCUACAUGGUCCUCGAGCGGAUCGCCAACUCGAUGAUCCCCAAGCGGGCCGCAGGAAACUAUCUGCGCAUGAACAUCGGCGAGAAUCCGGAUCUGUAUGGACCCUUCUGGAUCACCAUCACCCUGAUCUUCUCCAUAGCUAUUAGUGGCAACAUAGCCAGCUACUUGCACCAUGCCACCGAUAGCUACCGCUGGCACUACAACUUCCACCUGGUCUCCUAUGCGGCCACCUGCAUCUUCCUGUACGCCAACAUCUUGCCGGCCGUUCUGUGGGCCUUGUUCAAGUACAGCCUGAAGCCCGUGGACUCGGCGGACGCCAUCGAAACGGAUAGCGUAAGUUUGAGUGGCCUUCCAUCCAUCUAUCUCGCUCACAUUCGCGUCUGCUUGCAGGCCACCUACACUCCGAGUCUCCUGUCGCUGAUGUGCAUCUACGGAUACAGCCUGGCCAUAUACAUACCAGUAUCCAUUCUCUGGGUGAUCAAUAUCUCUUUGCUGCAGUGGAUCUUGGUGAUCACCGCCGCCCUGCUCUCGGGCACGGUUCUGAUUGCCGUGCUGACGCCCGCUCUGCGGAACUCGCAGUUCUCGCUGUUCCUCAUCAUCGGAAUACUGAGCGCCCAUGUGGUGCUGGCUGCCGGAUUCAUGCUCUACUUCUUUCACAAUCCCUCAGACUCGCUGGCUGCUGCUGCAGCUGCUCCGGCACCAGCUGCGCCUGCUGCUCCGGCUGCCCUGAAGGCCGUGACCCAAGCGGUCCUCAACGCAGUGCCCGUCAAUCAGACCCACUAGGAAGCAUUCCGCAACAGCCAGUUCGUCAACGUCGCUGACAUUUGUUGUACCUUAAGUUGUCCCCAUUAUAAUAUUCGUUAGAGAGCUAUGCUAGGGCUCAGAUGCUUCGGGAUUAAUCCAAUUCGUAAACCCCUGCCACAUCUGAGCCCAAGCAGUCAGCGUUUCGUGCUUUAUAUUGACUUUCUUUAACAUUUGGCGACUGUAUAUUUAUAUUAAAUUAGCGGUAGAAGUACGUGUAAUACCAAAAAUGAAUCAAAAAAAAAAAAACAAAAAUCGAUAGAACUUUUCGCUGGUGUAGUAAAAAAUGUAAAAUUUGUGUCCAAGAUUCGAGGAAGACACAAAAAUAUGAUAAUCAUGCCAUCAUUAAAAUUGUAAAUAUAAUCCAAUGUACUUAAAA